AUGUCUGACAAGAGUGAAUUGAAGGCUGAGCUUGAAAGGAAGAAACAACGAAUUGCCCAGAUUCGAGAGGAGAAGAAGAGAAAAGAAGAAGAGAAAAAAAAGAAAGACGGGGACUCAAAACGUGGAGCUGAGGCAGAAUCGUCCGGCCAUGAAGACUCUGACCUGGAGAGGAAGAGGAGGGAGGCAGAGGCUCUUCUGCAAAGUGUUGGCAUCACACCUGAUAUACCACAUGCUCAGCCCCUGAGGGUAGUAACAGAAGAUACAUGUUUGUUUCACUACUUAGUCCCUGCCCCCAUGUCUCCUUCCAACAAAUCAGUGGGCAGCGAUGCAGGAAGCCAAGAUUCUGGGGAUGGAAACGCAGGACCAAGGACAUUGCAUUGGGACCCUGACCCCUCCACUCUGCAACUGCACUCCGACUCUGAGCUGAUGGGACGAGGAGCUGUGAGGCUUGGCAUGUCCAAAUUGACCCAGGUGGACUUCGUCCCAAAGGAAAUGGUGUCCUACUCCAAAGAAACACAGACACCCACAGAUGCACUAUCGCACACUGAUCAAAAAGGAGAAGAAGAAGAAGAUGAGGAGAUUGCAGCUCCCCCACCAACAGAGGACACUCAUGAGGAAAAAGACGAGCAGGGUGAACAGCAGGAGGAGGAUACUCCCAAAGAACUGACAGAAGAAGAGAAGCUUCAGGUCCUGCACUCCGAUGAAUUCUUGUCCUUUUUCGAGCGUGGGAGCAGAAUUGUGGAGAGAGCGCUUUCUGAGCAAGUGGAUGUCUGCUUUGACUACAGCGGGAGAGAUCUUGAGGAUAAGGAAGGUGACUUGCAGGCUGGUGCAAAGCUGGUUCUGAACAGGCAGUUUGCAGACGAGCGCUGGACCAAAAACAGAGUGGUCACCUGUCUCGACUGGUCUCCUCAGUAUCCUGAGCUGCUGGUGGCCUCAUACAACAACAAUGAGGAUGCUCCACAUGAGCCUGAUGGUGUGGCACUGGUCUGGAACAUGAAAUACAAAAAGGCUACCCCUGAGUACAUUUUCCACUGCCAGUCAGAGGUCAUGUCAGCUGGGUUUGCAAAGUUCCACCCCAACUUGGUGGUGGGAGGGACAUACUCUGGACAGAUUGUUCUGUGGGAUAAUAGGAGCAACAAACGAACCCCUGUUCAGAGAACCCCGCUGUCUGCAGCUGCACACACACAUCCCGUCUUCUGUGUCAACGUGGUCGGUACCCAGAAUGCUAACAACCUGAUCAGCAUCUCCACCGACGGCAAGAUGUGCUCUUGGAGCCUCGACAUGCUCUCCCAGCCGCAGGACAGCCUGGAGCUGGUGUUCAAACAGAGCAAGGCAGUAGCUGUAACAUCCAUGGCAUUUCCUCUUGGAGAUGUGAAUAACUUUGUGGUGGGGAGUGAAGACGGCUCUGUGUACACAGCCUGCCGCCACGGCAGUAAGGCGGGCAUCACUGAGGUGUUUGAAGGCCACCAUGGUCCUGUGACUGGCCUGAGCUGUCACAGUGCUGGAGGACCCGUCGAUUUCUCACACCUCUUCAUUUCCUCUUCUUUUGAUUGGACCGUCAAACUAUGGAGCACAAAGAGCACCCGGCCACUGUACUCAUUCGAAGACAGCUGCGACUAUGUCUACGAUGCCAUGUGGUCUCCAGCACAUCCUGCUCUGUUUGCCUGCGUGGACCUAUCUGGGCGCUUGGACCUGUGGAACCUCAACAACGAUACUGAAGUGCCCACGGCCAGCGUAUCUGUGGAUGGGUCUCUAGCCCUGAACCGCGUAAGAUGGUCUCACUCUGGAAAGGAGAUCGCCACUGGGGACUCUGAGGGGCAGGUGCAGGUCUAUGAUGUAGGAGAGCAAAUCUGCGUGCCCAAGGCAGAUGAAUGGACGCGCUUCGUCAGGACGCUGGCUGAAAUCAACGAGAACCGAGAUGAAGCUGAGGAACUGGCCAAUGUCUGA